AUGGACAAUCGGAUUACGAUAUGUGACCCGGAUGAGGAAGAAAUGGACAAUGAAAUAUUUCGAGAUAUCGAGCCAGUCAAAUGGAUUAACGAUGAUCCAAAUUAUGGCUUGGAUGAAAUCAACAUGUUCUUCCAUAGGGUGGAUUCAGAUCAGAUCAUAUAUGAGGAGAAAAAGAAAAAAUGUAAAUUUAUCGGUAAAUAUGUUAUGGGGGAUGUACUUGGUGAAGGUAGUUAUGGUAAGGUGAAAGAAGUACUGGAUUCAGAAACUCUGUGUCGAAGAGCUGUUAAGAUUCUAAAAAAGAAAAAGCACCUUAAACUUCCAAAUGGAGAAAUUCAACGGGAAAUAAAGCUAUUAAGAAUAUUAAAACAUAAGAACGUCAUUAACCUUGUAGAUGUUCUUUAUAAUGAUGAAAAGAGAAAGAUGUACCUAAUUAUGGAAUUUUGUGUAUGUGGAUUGCAGGACAUGUUGGAAAGUACACCUCUGAAGAAGCUUCCACUUUGGCAGGCACAUGACUAUUUUUGUCAGCUGUUAGAUGGCUUAGAAUAUCUUUAUAGUAAAGGAAUAGUACAUAAAGACAUAAAACCUGGAAAUCUGUUAUUGACAUUAGAUGGUACCUUAAAAAUUAGUGACUUUGGAGUUGCAGAGGCACUAGAUAUGUUUUCUAUAGAUGAUACAUGCAAAAUGGGUCAAGGUUCUCCAGCCUUUCAACCACCCGAAAUUGCAAAUGGCUGUGAAACAUUUUCAGGAUUUAAAGUAGAUAUAUGGAGCAGUGGAGUUACACUAUAUAAUAUAACAACAGGUCAGUAUCCUUUUGAAGGAGACACUAUAUAUAAAUUAUAUGAGAACAUUGGAAAAGGUGAAUAUACAAUACCGGAAGAAGUAGAGGAACCCUUAAGAUCCCUUAUAGAAGGGAUGUUGCAAAAAGACGCGGAAGAUAGAUUUACGUUGCAACAAGUGAAAAGACAUCCUUGGACCAUAUGUAGGCAUCCUAGAACGGAAAACGAAGUGCCUUUACCUCCCUUGAGGGGAAGUAAAUGUCACAGUAUGACUGUAUUACCGUACCUGAUGGAAUAUCACUAUGGGAUUGAUGACAAUCCGACAUAUUAUACGGAACAUCAACUUAAUGAGGAAAGAAGACUUCAAGAAAUGGAUAGGACUAGCGAAGAUCAAAAGCCAACUUGUAACAGUCAUUGUAAUAAUAAAUCAAAUACACAUAGCAAAAGAAGAUGGCGCAAACCAAUAUCAUGUAUCGGUAUUAAAAAGUUUCCAUCUUGCAAACCUUCGUGAUCUGGCACAAUACUGUUUCAUGGUAUUAAAUAUUUUACUGGUAGUUACAAAGUUUCUCUACGGGGGAGAUGACUGAGUGUUUGUUGACAGCGCAACACUUUUGAACUAGUUCAAAAGCGCAUAAAUGUAAACAUUUGUGAUAUUAAUAUUAAAUAGUUAUAUCGAGAGGUCCACGAUUCACUAUUGAUUGUGGAUUAAAUUAUUUCUAAUUCGUAAGAGAAAAGUAUCGUUUGUUUAUGUGUGUCAUAAUGAAAUUAUGAGUAAUAAGAUUGCCUCUAACUAUGAUACAUAUUAGAAUUUCUUUCUAUAUUUAAUUUUGUAAAUUAAGAUCAUCCAAGUAUAGUGAUAAUAGUCAACUUAUAUUGUCUCUAUUAAUUGAGAUAUGCUAAUUCCGGUGUAGCAGAGACUCUUAUUUAUACUAUAUCAGUCUACGAAAAAUUAACAGAUAUUUUAUAAUUCAAGAUAGCAAGUCAGUUUUCAAUAAAAAAUUCUUCCUCGAUUCGAUUAUAACAUAUUAUAAUUACAUUUACAUCAAUCUGUAACUAUAAUAAGAGGAAGAAGCAAGGAGGAUAAAAAGAAAAAAAAAUGUUCAAUAUUUAUAGAAAUGAAAGAAAAUCAACCAAUUUUAUCUUAUAUAUUAUUCAAUGUAAUUAUACUUAAAUAAUGACGCCAGCAUGACUAGGAUACGUAGUAUUUUUUUAAGUGAGAUGAUUUUUUUCUACUGUACAUUAACUUAAUUGAACACUGUGUAAAUAUGGAAUACAGGUAUUCGUAGUCGCAACAAGGGAAGUUUGUAUCUGCUUAAAUCGCAUAUUAUAUGUCAUAUUAUACAAUGCUUAAUAUAUUCCAUUUUCAAUGGUAGAGAGUGAUCAUCGUGAUAAGUAAAAUUUUUUCAAAAUGAAAACAAGUUAUAAAACAUUUAGCGAUGACUACCUAUAAAUGGUGCAAUAGAUUGUUACAAGCAAAAAAUACAUGAUUUUUUAUAUUUAUAUAUUAGUACGUUUACAAGAGUUUAUUAUAAUAUUAUGUAUAACGCAUAAUUCAACUCCCAAGAUAAUGCAGAUACUGUUUCCCCUGAAAAAAUUUUAUAAAUAUGAUUGAAUAAGUAUUAAAAAUGAUUUGAAAUGUAUAGGAUGUACAUAUAAAGAAUGCCUCUAUAAACUUGUCUCGGUCAUACAUAAUACCAACUACAUGGAAUAUAUUAUAAAUUGAAAGCAUAAACACAUUACCUGUAUAUCUUCGUCUACAAUAAUAUAUCGAUUUCAUCUCUUUCACUAAAUACCGUGUUGAAUAUUCGCAUAUUGACAAUAUUGUUAUACAUUUUGGAAAAUCAGUUUAGCGAUAUACUUGUUUAAUGAUACAUUUUCUUUUCUUUUUUAAUUUUUUCCAUUUGACAUUCUACACAUAUAUUAUCGGAACAGUAGAUAUUCGAGAAAAGAAAAAAGAAAAAGAAAACAAAACGAAAGAUCAGGAUAGUGCUAAACGGAUAAAAAAAUUUAGAUGUUACGUAUUAUGAGAUAAAGAAAAAGAAGAAAAAAAAAACGAAGAACUACGAUAUUAUAAUAUAAUAAUCAUUAUGCAUUAAUAGAAAACAAACUUGUUUUGAUCAGAAAUCUAUCGUGUAACGAUUGACUUAUAGACGGAUUAUGGGAAAGAAUGUAUAAUUUGUAUUAAAAAAAAUUAAUCCAAUUGACUUUAAUUAAAGAAUGUAAGUAGAAUGUAAGAUCGAACCAUUAGAAUUUUGUAAUUUAUCUCUUCUAUUAAGAAAUUCAGAUGCCUAAAUGUCACUUGAAAGUGAAACUAUGCAGUAUAGAUUACAAUAAUUUUUAUUAUAGACAUUUAAAAAUAUAAUAGAUAUAAUUUAAUACUAAAACGAUAUGAGGAUUAUAAACGAGAACAACAUUUUUUAUUUUGUUUAGCAAUUGUUGCUCGUGUUUGCAAAAGAUAAUAGAUGCAAGAUAAAUAUAAUAAGCAUAUUAAAUGUUUAUACGAUAACAACUUUUUGACCUUGCAUAUCAUACGAAAAAAUCACGAAUUCUAAACAAAAUAUACUUGUACAAUUAUUACAUAAAAUUAAUGUAUGCCUGUAUAAAAAAAAAAAAAAAAAUGUAAAGUGAUUCCCUUGUCAUGUUUUUAUCGGGGCAAUAUUUAUAUAUAUAUACAUACAUAUAUUUUUAUUGUAAUACAAAAUGUACUACUAUUGUUUGCCCGUAUGUGCUAUUAAAGUAGCAAUAUAGCUCGUAAGAAUUAUAGUCAUAUUCUUAAAAAAAAAAAAGGGAAAAAAAA